AUGCGCUGGAUAAUACUUCCAGCAAUUAUUCCAUUAGUGAUAUGUCAGGAUAUCGCACAUAUAGGUCAUAAUCAUCCUGCCGCUGGCCCUGAUCUAUCCGGAGAUUUGGCAAGAAAUUUGGAUAGCAGAGAUCCUUUGCUCAACAAGCAGGACUCAUAUCAUGAGAGUGGCCUCGUUGAUCCCGAAGGUCGACGUUUUAUCGCCCCGCUGAAGCAGAAGACAGUGGUUGCAGAAGAAGAGUUGCGACGUGAAGCUGCUGAGAUCUCUCGACUGCUUAGCCCUCACAAAAUAGCAGUCCCUUAUUCUGCAUGGUUGUGGUCAUUUUUCGGAUGCUCAUUAGUGGUGCUUAGUGGAAUUCUACCGGCUUUAAUUCUACCGGCUAACAGUAGCGAAUAUCUACAAACGCAAGAAGGAAAGAACAAUUUGAAUCUGUUGCUUUCAUUUGCUGUUGGUUCACUCCUUGGAGACGUAUUUUUACAUCUUCUUCCGGAAACAUGGAACAAUUUGGAUGUUGAUGUUGAUCAAAUUGGAUUUUGUACCUUGGGUGGUCUGCUAAUAUGUUUUUUCAUCGAAAAACUUUGCAGUACAACGGAAGAAAGCCAACAUAAAAUUUGUGCGAUCAUGAACCUUUGCGCUAACUUGGUGGAUAAUUUCACGCAUGGUUUGGCGGUUGGAGCUAGCUUCUUAGUUUCACCUAAGUUCGGGAUGAUGACCACAUUCGCAAUCCUGGUUCACGAAAUUCCCCAUGAAGUCAGUGAUUUUGCAAUUCUUCUUCGUGCAGACUUCAAGAAAGUGGACGCAGUAAAAGCUCAGUUGGUUACCGCUUCUGGAGGAGUACUUGGCGCUUGUGUUGCUCUUCAUCUACGUACCGAUGAUGUGCAAUCACCCGAUUGGAUUCUACCAUUCACCGCAGGAGGAUUUAUAAAUAUAGCACUCGCACAGAUUUUACCUGAACUUAGUAGAGAAACGGACCGAAAACAAAACAUCAGGCAACUGCUUAUGAUUCUGCUUGGCGUUGGUGUUAUGGUUGCCGUUAGCCAUUUUCAUAUGGUUUAA